CCGCAAGAAGAACCAUAAUCUCAGCAGGAACGAAAAUGGUCCUUCUGGGCAUGCACGCAUGACUUCUCUCUCUAUGCUCCAGAGCGAGUCUUCGAACUUCCGUGUUCCCUCUCAACGGAGAUAUCGGGACUCUGGAUCGGAAUCCGUCAAUAUCGAUGAUAAUGGACAAUCAUCGAGAAUGUCAAAUAGAACUACUUCGAUAGACUGGCGGCGGCAGCAUGCCCGCAAUCGUUCACAGAAUUUCUCCUUGGAUGCAAGUCUGCUGGCACAAUCCCGGCAGGAGAUUCUGGAAGAAGAUACCUCAUCGAUACCCACAGUGCCCUCUGCAUCGCCGCCUGUAACAUGGCUUACUCUUCCUCGAAAGGGUCAGCUGGCUCUCUUAGGUCUCUGUCGCGUGUUUGACUUCUUGCAGAUCGCCUCUCUGCAAGCCUACAUGUUCUACCAGCUCAAAUCUUUCGACAAGAAUCUGUCUGACUCGGAGAUUUCGACGCAAGCAGGACUCCUGCAGGGUGCGUUCACUGCCGCACAGUUCGCAACCGCUAUUCCUUGGGGCCGGGUAGCGGAUGCUUCUUGGGGAGGACGCAAGUUUGUCUUGCUUGUGGGGUUGAUCGGGACUGCCAUUUCGUGCCUGGGCGUGGCUUUUGCGACAUCAUUUGUGCAGGCUAUGCUCUGGAGAUCGUUUGGGGGUGGCAUCAAUGGGACAGUGGGGAUUAUACGGACUAUGAUCGCGGAGAACGUCAAGGAGAAGAAGUAUCAUUCUAGGGCUUUUCUGAUCUUACCAAUCGGGUUUAAUAUCGCUGCUCUUUUUGGACCAGUCAUGGGAGGGAUGCUUUCAGAUCCAGUCAAGAGUUAUCCCCGUUUAUUCGGUCCUGAUUCAUUCUUCGGAGGCGCGCAGGGCGUGCGGUGGUUGAUAAAGUAUCCAUAUGCAUUGCCCAUGCUAGCCAAUUUCUUCUUCAUGGUAUUCUGUGCUGUUCUGGUCACUGUUGGUCUGGAAGAGACGCUAGAAGCUUGCAAAGACAGGCCUGGUCCGGGGACCAUUGCGCUAAGAUUCCUCACUCGCGGUUUGAAGGCCGUCAUCCCUUCCUCGUCUUUAUACUCGAAACUCCCACUGCAGGACUACAAUGAGGAGGGACUAUCCCUGCUGGACCCGCAGCUGGGCUCGACGGACAGCUACGAGCUUGAAGAGAAGGCAACCAGAUCCACACGUGGAAGCCGUGUGUUACCAUUCCGGAGAAUAUGGACGAAGAAUGUUCUGUGCACACUGCUUGCGCAAGCCUUUUUUGACUUCCAAAUGGGCGCCUUCAACAACCUCUGGCUCCUCUUCCUCUCCACCCCUCGACACAACCCAGACGACCCCUCCGCCCCCCCUCAAUCCCUCCCCUUCAUCUUCACAGGCGGCCUAGGCAUGCCCCCUCAAACAGUCGGCCUCGCAACAUCCAUCCUAGGCAUAAUCGGCAUGGCCCUCCAAUUCACCAUCUACCCAACCAUCCACGGAAAACUCGGCACCACAAAAUCCUACCAGUACUUCCUCACCUUAUUCCCCCUCGCAUACGCAUUCGCACCAUACAUCUCCCUCGCCCCCUCCUCAUCGCCCCCUCCAUCCCAAGCAACCGGCUUCGCCAUCUGGCUAUCCAUCGCCAUUGUCCUCUUCCUCCAAGUUACGGCUAGAACCUUCACUCUCCCCACCUCCAUCAUCCUCUUGAAUAACUGCUCUCCGCAUCCGUCCGUGCUCGGCACCAUCCAUGGCAUCGGUCAAUCCGUCUCGUCAGCCUUCCGGACUAUCGGGCCUAUCUUUUCGGGCGCGUGGUACGGUCUUGGGCUGGAGAUUGGGGUCGUCGGUAUUGCAUGGUGGCUUGUUGCUUUGGUCUCGGUUUUGGGAUGUCUGGCUGCUAUCUUUGUUUAUGAGGGGUCCGGGCAUGAAAUUCUCCUUCCUGGGGAGGAAGGUUAUGAUGAUUUUGGGGAGGAUUAGUUGGGUUGUCUCUUUCUUUUCCUUAUUUCCAGAGAGCCUUAUAGACGGGGGGCAAUGUGUCCAUUAUCUCAAUUUGGGUUCUUCAUCUCCAAGUGAUUAUUAGUGUGUGUAUGAGAGCAAUUGAAAAGCUCAGAAUUGUACCCCUUCAUUCUAUCAUGUUUUUAUAGAAAGCAUGGCAUUGCUGGC